AACGCGCUUUAUUCACAGAGAACAUAACAGCAUCGUAGUUUGUGUCACAUAACUAUCUAUCGACCAGGGUAUUUCUCACUUUUCACCCCCUCUGAGUCAUAUUUAUGCGCGUGUACCGGAAGUGACCCCUCGACCGAUGACGCGAUGGUCCGGAACUCGUUGAUGUCUCGUUCUUGACUCAAGACCCGGAAGCCAGGCUAGCUGUUACUUUACAGACGAAAGCUUAAAAAACAGCAUCAAAGCGCACCAUUGAGGUUGUAAUUUGAUUAUAAACGACGUCCCUACAGGAGCGACGCUCCUCACUCGAGGACCGACGUCAUUGUAACGCGCCUCGCGUACCGCCAGCCCGCUUGUUUUUUAGCCAUCUGGCAGGAUCGUCGCUUGCUAACGUUAGCCGCUGGUUAGCUGCCCUGCGAUGGACGCGGCUCACGGCGGCUGGGUUGCGGCUGCAUGUUUGCUGCUGCUGGCCGGGUGUGACGCGAGGAUACACAAGCUCACCCUGCAGAAUGAAACUCGUUUCGUUGUGGACCUCAACACCUUUGGUUUCUACGGUAACGGGACCCUGGACGUCAACCUGCUGUCUCUGCGUCUCCCGGAGCCGCCGUUGGACUACAGCGCUCACCCCGUGGGCUUCACCCUCUCGCGGUCCCGAGUCAACGGAGUGCUGUCCUACACGGCGGAGGAGACGGAGACGUGUCCGCUCACUCCCCCCAAGUACACCAGCACCGAGCCGCUCAUCCUCUUUCUCCUUGACUUCAACAUGUCCAGUGUCAAUGUGAGAGCUCUGGGCGACCAAGACAACGUCCUGGAGGCAAAGAUCAAGUCGCCUAAAGCUGCUUCCACACCAGUCCAGCCGGAGGGCGGGGUGGACCACAAGGAGCAGGAAGCCCCCAAAGAGGAGCAGAAGGAGAUCCAGCUGGAGAAGCUGAAACAAGUCACUUUGGCUCUGGACAAAACCAACGGCUCCUACAACUUCAGCUUCCACCUGGUGGUUGGCGCGCUGGCGGAGGGUCUCUACACCCUGAAGUUCCACUACUGCAGGAACCGGAGCCCCGGCACCAAGCUGCCGUACUCGCUGGCCGUGGAGGUGACGGAGAGGAACCCGGGCGGCUUCCUGUCGGCAGCAGAGAUCCCCCUCUCACGCCUCUACAUCGGCAUGGCGGGGGUCUUCUUGGUGGCGGCGAUGGUGUGGAUCUACACCCUCAUGAAGCACAGGUACAGUGUGUUUAAGAUCCACUGGCUGAUGGCAGCGCUGGCCUUCACCAAGUCCACGUCCCUGGUGUUCCACAGUAUCAACUACCACUUCAUCAACACCGAGGGGCAUCCCAUUGAGGGCUGGGCCGUCAUGUACUACAUCACACACCUGCUGAAGGGGGCGCUGCUCUUCAUCACGCUGGCACUCAUCGGUACCGGCUGGGCCUUCGUCAAAUACAUCCUGUCCGACAAGGAGAAGAAGAUCUUCAUGAUUGUCAUCCCUCUGCAGGUCCUGGCCAAUGUGGCCUUCAUCAUCAUCCAAUCUACGGAGGAAGGCACCAGCGAGUACUACCUGUGGAAGGAGAUCCUCUUCCUGGUGGACCUCCUCUGCUGUGGAGCCAUCCUGUUCCCCGUGGUCUGGUCCAUCCGUCAUCUCCAGGAGGCCUCCAGCACCGACGGGAAAGCUGCCAUGAACUUGGAGAAGCUGAAACUCUUCCGGCAUUAUUACGUGAUGAUCGUGUGCUACAUCUACUUCACCAGGAUCAUAGCCAUCCUGCUCAAGGUCACCAUGCCCUUCCAGUGGCAGUGGUGCUACGAGUUCCUGGUGGAGGUCUCCACUCUGGUCUUCUUCGUGCUGACGGGCUAUAAGUUCCGUCCAGCCUCCAACAACCCGUACCUGCAGCUUCCUCAGGACGAGGAGGACGUGGAGAUGGACGAAGUAGUGACUGAAUCUGGAGCUCUGGAAGGAAUCUCCAAAGUGAAGAAGACGUGUAACGGACGAGAGCGGCAGAAGGAGUCCACGCUGUGAACAACGAGCUGCACCUUAUUUAUACUUAUGUGGGGGUAGGGGUGGGGGGGGGGGGGGGGUUUAGGCCCCGCAGACCCCAGUCACCUGGUACACGGGGGGGGGGGUCCUCGCCCCUCCCCCCUCCCCCAGUGACAGCACUCCUUCAUUAUCUCUGGUGGUCGUGUCUGCUGAAAGAAAAGUGUGUGUGUGAGACCCCCCCCCCCCCCCCCCCCCCACUAGUUUAGCCACAUUCCAAACACACAGGCGUCGUCUCAGAAUUCUUUGUACUGGACAGACAUUUGAUUGACACGUCUCUCUUGUACAUAUUUUAGUUUUACUGUGGCGCUGUACGUGAAGGGGGCGGGGCUUAGCUUCUCCAACAUUAUGUUUGGCUGAGACACUUCGCAAUGAAGCCAAUAAGCCCCGCCCCAUCCUCCCCAUCACCUGUGAAUCCACCUUUUGGCUUUUGACCUUCGUGCUUGAUGUGAAGCUUCUUUUAGGACUCGUGGGUGAAGGAACCUUUCUGUAAACACUUCAGAGACGUUUCAUUGAUUCCUUGAGGAGGAACCAGGCGACCAGCAGAUGUUCGAUGUCUGAAGGAGCAUCACAAUAAAACGCUGCUGUUCCGGAAAAGUUGUUUUUAAUCUUUUCCUUAUUUUUCUGGCCGUUUUUUCUUAAUGAAUCAUUUCAUCUUUGUUCUCAUGAGUUUCUUUUUUUCUUCAGGCUGAAUUCUACUUAGUAAAUUAAACAUAGUGUGAAACUUCAAAGUCAACGCAUAUUUAUGGAUAAAAAAUUCUGAAUUCUUUAAUGUCAUUUUUUUUCUGAAAAUGUGUUUUUUCAAGUUGUUCUGUUUGAAACCUGUUAUUAUAGCAACGUCCCAUUGAUGAACUGCGUUGAUUCUGGGGGUCAAAGGUCACUGUGACCUCACCUUGGCCCGUGUUUGAUUUGCUUAUUGUGAUGAUGUCACGCCAACCUCCACGGGGUGAAAGAAUCCUGCAUGUCCCACAAUGCAAUGCGCUGCCUGGCACACCUCAUCAGUGUCCUGAUAUCCUUCAUGCUGCUGUUACAUGAGGCUCAGGAACAUCUCAGCAGCUUGCUCCGUGGUGGAGGAACAUCUCAGCAGCUUGCUCCGUGGUGGAGGAACAUCUCAGCAGCUUGCUCCGUGGUGGAGGAACAUCUCAGCAGCUUGCUCCGUGGUGGAGGUCUGUGGGACGUCCAGCGUCUGGAUGGUGAGGAGAACUUCACCACUAGUCGUAUGAGGUCUUUAUCAGGCUGCUCUUUACAUAACACAUCUGAAUAAAUGGAAUCUGAUCCCGAAACCUUAAAAUGUACCGUGUCAACAUGAUUGUAGUACUAAGUACUGCUUUAUUUUACUCAGUGCGUCCCUUUAAAGUCACUUCAUUUAAAGUGAAACAGUUUGGACCGAAGAACCUGAUCACGUCUGUAUGAUAGUACUAUAUCGAUGUGUAUAGACAUUCAGUGUAUUUCGACCUUUUCUGGUUUAACCUCAAAGUCAUUUGGAUUUUAUGUAAAGGACCAACAGAAUAUUCCAUCAUCUGGAAGUUGGAAAGUAAAGAAUAAGUGUUGAGUGCCUCUGUAUUCAGCCUCUUUACUGUGAAACUCCUCACAAAGAUCUAGAGCCACCAAUUACCUUCACAAGCCAC